CAUCAUCGAUGAUGAGCUGAAGCCAGCCGGUGUCCUCCUCCUCCUCCUCCUCCUCCUGCUCCUGCUCACAGCGUCGUGAAGAGAUCCGAGACCCUCGCCCGUCUGUCAUCCGACAACCACACACGGACAUGUCCGACUUCACAGAGGACCAGAUCAUGGAGUUCAAGGAGGCCUUCCUUUUAUUUGACCGGACGGGUGAGGGGAAGAUCACCUACAGCCAGUGUGGCGAUGUCAUGCGGGCCCUUGGACAGAAUCCUGUCAAUGCUGAGGUGCUGAAGGUCCUGGGAAACCCCAAGUUAGAAGAUAUGAACAACAAGAUGCUGGAUUUUGAGCAGUUCCUGCCCAUGCUUCAGGCCAUCGCUAAGAACAAGGACCAGGGCUCCUUCGAGGACAUCGUAGAGGGUCUGCGUGUCUUUGACAAGGAGGGAAACGGUACGGUGAUGGGGGCAGAACUGCGUCAUGUUCUCACUACACUAGGUGAAAAAAUGACAGAGGAGGAGGUGGAGACUCUCUUAGCGGGACACGAAGACGCCAAUGGCUGCAUUAACUAUGAAGAACUCGUCCGGAUGGUGAUGAGCGGUUGAGGAAUUCAGACACACACUUUAAUUUUAUUCCUAGAUAUUUUUGUAUUGUUUGUCUCAUCUUGCCCUUCCAUCCAUGCCAUCCUACCUCCAACAAGUCUCUGUUCUCUUUCUUUUAUUUUAAAAGUGCCUUUUCUGUCAAAUGUGAAAGAAACCCUUUCAUCUAAUUUCCAAACAUUGUUCAGCCUCGCAGGUACAAUUGGCAGUAACAUUCCCCAUUUCCAUCUCUGUCAAUUAACUCCCGUCAGUCUUGUUGUCAGCGUAUUUUCUUUUUCUGGAUGGAUAUGAUAAUGUGAUAAUGUGAUAAUGUUUCAUUUAACCAUAUUCAAUAAAAAUCCUGGUUUCCAAAGUGUC